AUGACUACUGCUGGCCCCAAGCCGGUCCGCAUGCACGUAUUCGGUGAAGACAACUGCAAUGGCCCCGUCACCUUCAUGUCAGUCGACGCAGACACGUGCUACGAGUUUGCUCCGGGCAUCAAGUCUCUCCGCGUUGUCCACCACGACGACUCGAUUCGUUACAACGCCUUGAACGUCUACUCUGCGCCCGACUGCAAGUCUGGUCCUGUGCUCCAGCCCAUCUUGAACGAUGGCUGCUCGGCUGUCGUCGCCUUCAAGGCUAUUAAGCUUUCGAUUGAUACACCAAAGAUCUAG